AUGAGGGCGAAACGAUCGAAGAAGUACCAGAAGCUCAUGCGCCAGUAUGAACUCACGUUUGGGUUCCGCGCGCCAUAUCAAGUCCUAGUGGACUCUCAUUUCCUUCAGUCAGUGUAUAAUUUUAAGAUGGACCUUGUACCUGCCUUGGAACGUACGGUACAAGGCAAAGUGAAGCCAUUUAUUACAAAAUGCACUUUAGCGGCUAUAAUGGCUUCUCAAUCACUGCGGAAAGACACUGACCAUGCUCAGCGUCAAUUGCGACCUCCACAGCUCCCUCCUCCAACCACACUACCACUCCGAUACUGCUCACACAACGAAGACAGCACGCCUGUUGACGAAGAAGAAUGCCUUUUGUCCCUACUAUCACCUAACCCUGAUGCGAAGAAGAAUAAGGAGCAUUUUAUAUUGGCUACAGCUGAUCCAGCGCCGGAGACAACUACACAGCCAGACCAGAAGCGCAAACUGCCUCAUUGGAUGCAGGCGCAGGAAGGACUACAACAGCAAGGGAACGAGGGCAGAGAUAUAACCUGA